GCACGAUGAUCGGACCAAGACGGCUAAUACGAGCUGUCAAAAGGACGGAAUCGUCGAAAGUGAACUUGGUCUCUGCUAUCCUCCCCGUUUGACUUGACUCCGGUUCGCUCUUUCUGAGAAGGGGACGAGAAAAAAAGCCAAAGCCCUCUUUCCUCUUUGCCGUGUCUUAUCCGAGCAGAGCAAGGAGGAAACCGAGGUUGUGCGAUGGCGAGCGCUUUCCUCUCUUCCAUCCUAUCAAAAACCAGCCAAGUGUUCGGCUGUGUUCGAAGUUGGGCAGUCUCGCCGUCUUCAUCAUCGGAUCCACGCAGCAGUGUCUUGGAAGAUCUGAAGGAACUGGAGAGAACAUUGAGGAGGAUCAAGGCAGUGCUCCAUGACGCGGAGGAGAGGGAGAUACGAGACGAAUCCGUCAAGAUCUGGCUGAAGGAGCUUAAAGAAGUCGCUUAUGAAGCAGACGACGUGCUGGACGAGUACCAGUACGAGGUACUGCGAGCCCAAGUGGAAGGCCGAGCUUCCCGCAAGAGGAAGCGAGAGGAAGGGGACGAUGAGGAAGAGGUUUCAAUUCCGGACGGCAUGGGGGAUAGAAUCAGGAAGAUCAGGGAGAGGUUUGAUUAUAUCUCGGAGGAUCGGGAUCGCCUCCGUUUAAGAGAGGAAGAUGGAGAGCGACGGGUUCUCGAAGCUCCGUGCCCAGCACCAACCAGCCACAUGGUGGAUGAGUUGAGUAUUUAUGGAAGGGAACGCGACAAGCAGGAGGUAAUUAAUUUGCUGUUUUCCGAGGGUGUGGGAAAUGGUGUUUCUGUCAUUCCGAUUGUCGGCAAGGGGGGACUGGGAAAAACCACCAUCGCCCAGCUGGUCUACAAUGACCCCAAGGUAAAAGAAUAUUUCAAUCUAACUGGAUGGAUUUGUGUAUCCGAUGAUUUCGAUGUUCCAAGGCUAACAAAGGCCAUCCUUGAGUCUCUUACUCGAAGUUCUUGUGAUCUUGCACAACUAAGCACACUUCAAGAUACUCUCAAGGAAAAGCUGAAGAGGAAGAGAGUGUUGCUCGUGCUCGACGACGUCUGGAAUGAUCAGCAAAGCUGUUGGGAAUGCUUAAGAAAACCCUUCGUUGGCGCAGAAACAGUAAGAAUUAUCGUGACCUGUAGGAAUGAUUCGGUUGCCGAGAUCAUGCAGACAGUUCGUCCUUAUCAUCCUGGCUACUUGUCUCCAGAGCAGUCUUGGUCAUUAUUCAGACAUUAUGCAUUCGGUGGUCGAGACCCUGAAGAACAACCACGCUUGGCAGAUAUCGGUAAGCAGAUUGUCAAGAAAUGUUCCGGUUUACCAUUGGCUGUGAAGUCAAUAGGAAGCCUUCUAAGAUACAUGGCAGAUGAAGAUAGCUGGAUGGAUGUCAUACAAAGUGAUGUAUGGGAAGUCGACGAGAAUGUUAAUGAGAUUUUGCCAACUCUUAGAUUAAGCUAUAGCCGCAUGCCAGCACGUCUAAAACCUUGUCUCAUUUAUUGUUCCAUGUUUCCGAAGGAUUAUGAGUUUGACAAAGAUGAAUUAGUCCGAUUGUGGAUGGCACAAGGUUACAUCCAAACAUCUGGAGGUAGAAGAAGAAUGGCAGACAUUGGCAAUGAAUACUUCAAUGACUUGGAAAGAAGAUCAUUCUUUGAUUCCUAUUGGUCUAAGUUUAAGAUGCAUGAUAUGAUACAUGAUCUAGCAAAAUCUAUUGCAGGAAAUGAGUGUUGGGCAAUUGUGGAUAAGAAGCUACCCAGUCUCUCCGAUGAGGUUCGCCAUUUAUAUGUGGAAGAUGAAAAGGAAUUUGGGAAAUCACUGUGCUCGUAUAAUCUUAGGGCCUUACGGACCUUGUUAAUACAACAUCAGUUUAGAUUUCCAACAGCAAUCCAAAAAUUAAUCAAGUUUCUGCUGCUACUAAGAUGUUUACGGGCUCUAGAAUUUUGUUGGGAAAGGGAAGAUGAGAUCCCAGAUUUACUCGGUAACCUGAAGCACUUGCGCUACUUACAUAUUACAUCCAACAAAAUUGAGAAGCUCCCUGAAUCAAUAUGUCCCCUUUAUCACCUACAGACGUUGGUACUUGAGUGCCCGCAUCUUGCAGAGUUACCAGAUGGUCUAGGCAACCUUGCUAACCUCCACCACCUACAAAUUGUGAGCAGAGUAAUUCUCUGCCUGCCAGCUAGGAUCGGAAAACUAACAAAUCUUCAGAGCUUGCUUGGAUGUUAUAAAGUGCAGGGUGGGAUAGGAGGAGUGCUGAAGGAUUUGGUGAACCUCGAAACUCUCAUCAUCUCAGGGCUCAUGAACAUGGUCAACAUAGAGGAUGCCAGAGAUGCCGGUCUUAAAUAUAAGCAUGAACUCGAGGGGUUGAUGCUAGCUUGGAAUGCGGUCGACUGCAAAAAUGAUCCGUAUCAUGAGGAAAAUAAGGAUUACUACGGAUUACUACAUCUAGAAGCUUUUUCAGAGGAACAUAAGGAUGUCCCAGCCGAUGAAAAAAGGGAGGAAGCCAUGCUUGAGUAUCUCCAACCUCACGCCAACCUCGAAAAGUUGCUUAUAGAAGGAUAUGGUGGUUCCAAGUUUCCAAAAUGGGUGGGAGAUCCUUUCUCCUUUGCAUCACUUCAAGAAAUCCGUAUAAUUAAUUGUAAAAAAAUACGGUCUCUUCCUCUAUACAUUCAUGACUCUCUUGGAAAAUUGGAUGCACCCAUAUCAAAAUCCAUGCUUGAGAGGGUGUCCAUUUUUGGUUGCUGGCAACUCACAUCGAUAACAGGGCUGCAUUAUCUCCACUCGCUUAAAGUACUGGAGAUAUCCUUUUGUCCUCAACUCCUGAUAUUAUCAGAGGAAGGACUACCUUCCAAUCUUCAAGAUCUACAUAUUGAGGAGUGCCAGCAGUUGACAUCCCUACCGGGGAUGCAAAACAUUAUUUCUCUUGAAAAAUUAACUAUAAAAAAUUGUCCUCAACUCCAACUCUUAUCAGAGGAAAGACUGCCAUCCAAGCUUAAAUGUCUGCAUAUUGAGGAGUGCCAGCAAUUGACAUCACUGUCAGGGAUGCAAAAUCUUACUUCUCUCAAAGCAUUAUUUAUACAAAAUUGUCCUAAACUUCAGAUCAUGGCAGAAGAUCAGCUCUCAUCUAUGCCUGACGAAGUGAAAAUUGCUGAUUGCCCUGGAUCGAUUAACUGGUGUCAAAUACAAAAUAUCAACUGCAUUCAGGUCACUUCGGGCAACAAACUGACUAUAUCGAACAAAUGGGAGAACAUAAUGCAUGGAUUUGGUGAUUUGACAUCCAUUGAGCAUCUUUAUUUCAGUAGUUCUUGGAAAUUCUUUUGGAAAACAAACUCCAUAUCUGUACUUGAAGAGCUGACAAUAUGGAGUUGCACGCACAUCCUACCACUAGAGUACCUGCCCGAGCUCACAUCUCUUCGAAGCUUGGUUAUAAAGGACUGUCCUGGUGUCCGACUCCUGCGAGAUGAACUGCUCCCAUCCAUGCUCAAGACCUUGGUAGUUGAUAGUUGUGAGAACCUAAGGUGUUUGCAGUUGGUGCAGCAGAAUCGAGAUGCACUUGAGGAGCUGCAGAUUGUGAAUUGCCCAAAGAUCACUAUGGUGCAAGGGCUGAAUUGCCCUUUCUUCCCAAAAUUCUUAACAAUAGAACAAUGCCCUCAACUUCCGCUUUCACAAGAUGAUCGGCGGCCAUUUAUUCCUCCACGUGUCAAAAUUGCAGGAGUAUUGGAGACAAAAUUCUAUCCUCCACAUUCAGAGAACAAAGAAACAAUUGAUGAUGGAACCCAGGAGAAACAAGUGUUGGAUUGUGUGAAGAUUGAGCAUGCUAACAGUGCUGUAUCUUCAAUAUUUGAUGCAGCAGAUGAUUGUAACAUGGGUCAAUUCCUACAGCUCGGGCUUCCUUCUAGUUGCAGCUCACAGUCCCCGGUACAAUCAUUGCAAAACCAUCGCACCUGUAAUGCAAGCGGGUUCAGACCAGAAGCAUCUUCAGAGACAUGGAGCUUCAUAAUUGCACUCCAACUAUGGAGCUUGCAAAACCACUCAAUGAGAUCCUUUUAUCAUUCCAUUAACAGUGGUGGUGUUCUCUGCCCAUGUUAUAGUGCCAUGUGGAAAGUGAAUGCACCUGAAAAAUCAAAAUCUUCUCUUGGUUGGCGCUAAAAAAUUGAUACAUACAGUAGACUUUCUGAGAAGAAAGGGAUGGCAAGUUUUUUACUUGUGAUCCCUCUAUGGUGUAGCUGAUGAGUCAGGGAGCCAUUUGUUCUUGCAUUGCUCUUACAGCAAGAGUAUCUGGUUCGUGGUCAAGAUUUGUCUGAAAAUUAAAGAUCACCCUCCAUCCCUACUUUUUUUGUGGAUGUCAUGUAGAUCGAUGAGAAUCAAAAAAGAUGCUUCACGAGAGGAUGGAUCUUGACCAUUUAGUGGAAUUUAUGGAAUGAACAAAAUGCAAGAAUUUUUCUGAAGAGAAGCCAUCCUGUGACUCAGGCGCUUAGGAAUGUAGUGGUGGAUUCAUGGAUUGGGUCGCCUUAUGUUCCUCUAGAUCUCAGCAGGCGCAUGAUUUGGUGUGAAGAAAGUUCUCUUCUCUGCUUCAGCACCCUAUUUAAGUCCCUUUUCUUCCAUGUAUUUCUUGUUUAUUCCUUGUGCUUUAUACUCUCUUCUCUCCCUGUAAUUGAAUGGUGGGAGGGAACUUAUGUGAUUGAAUAAGAGUUCCUUAUCAACAGAUGUUAUAUGGCUGCUAGAGCGCUCUUAUAUGUAUUAUAUGCAGAAACAACCAAGAAAUUUAUUCCAGACAAUAUUCGGGCAAUGCAGAUAUCUAUAGCUUCUAUUUGGCAAACUGAAAUAUGUACAACAAUGGAAAGGCCGAAUAUAAAAUGUAGCAAACAUGGAGAAACUCAAUUCAAAUGAAUCCAAGGCAGCCUUUAUCCAGAAUAAAGGCAGGAUAUGUCAAUGGAAAUUCUGAUAAUCUUGAUGCAGAACCCAAACACAGUGUGCAACAGCCAAAUCAGAUGUCUCUGCCAAGUAUUUCAAGUUGUGAAGCACAGGGCAAUACCCAGUUGAAUCAUACAGGGGCCUGAUCCUCCUUCCCCGACACAACGCCUCACAAAAAACACCGAGUGGAGCCUGAUAGGCUUUGGAAAUGUGCCAACAUUAUGGAUGGUAAUGUCAAGCAUCCAAAAGCUACAUGUGAUGCAGUUCAGAAAUGUCUAUCUUCAAGUGAGGGACGUUCUGCAAUAAUGGCAUCCCAGUGCAGGCACAAACUGCUGCUCAGUGGUGUGUAUUCUGCUGUUACCAUUUGUUGUUAAUGCCGCUUAUUGCUUGUUUACAGGUAUCAAGCUGCAAUUAUAUUAAAGAAAUCAUGUUCGAAUCAUCUUGGUCUGGAUGAUAUACUUUAGAUUUUGCUUGCAGUAAUAAAUGUGAAGAAGUGGAUUGUAGUGCCAUUA